AUGUCAUCGGUUGUCUUCGAGAUUAGUCUUCCCAGGGCUUCGCUUCUAGGGCAAUUCGCGCCCGUGGAAGAGGUCAAGGAUAUCGCUGAUGCCCACCCCCGCUGCGUCCCUUUCUGGGUCCCAGUCUCGCCAGAGCACAUGGAAGCAUUUGGUCCGGGGACUGAAAGACCGAAUGACAGACGGUUAAGGAUGGAUCCUUUCCCAGUAUCUUUGGAGUUAAAUAAGCCAGACUGGGACGCGGCACGGCUCACCGCUGCUUCAGGAGAACUGAAGUCUGGCAGCCCCCGCAACCCGUGGCUCUUGCCGCAGCUCCUCUUCUACCCCUCCCUAAAAAGGUCUGGACUCAGACUAGUCAAUGGAACAGAGCCAAUAAUUGAUACUCUGGAGUGCCUAAGAUUUGAACUUGAAGCCCGAACCAGUGCUGGCGCCCAGGUUGGGUCACUUCCUGGUAAACUCAAAACACUGCUGAGUUUCAGAAGCAUCCCAGUUAAUUUGAUUAAAUUAAAACCAUUCUUGGAUACCCAGGAUGUUGCUCCCUCUGCCCUGAAGCUUCUGCCUGAAGAGGAACUCAGAGACAUCUUUACAUAUGAAGGAAUCAGUCUAUUGCCGCAAAAGCAGUGUAAAUGUGAAGUCAUGGAGGGUAUAAAAAGUUACAAUUUUCAGGAUGCCUACAGCCGGGAUGACCUCAGUGAAGUAAAAGCAAGAAGACAGGUCGAGUUUAAACACUUCCAGAGGAGAGAAGGACUACCCCACCCUCCCCCUGUGCUGGCUCAGCCCAACAUCCCUUUUGGGUACCCAGUCCAUGGAACGGAGGUAAUGCCACUUCACACAGUGGUGAUUCCAGGCCUCCAGUUUGAUGGACCAGUUGCAUCAGUCUAUAAGGUUACCAUGAAGGCCUCUCUGGGGAACCUGAAUAGUCUUGCUGACACCCCAGGCCAGGAGGUGUGGGGUAGAGGUGAGAAGCAGCUGAUUAUUCGGACCUCUUCACGGAAGUUGUUAAAUUUCAUCCUUCAGCAUGUGACCUACACCAGUACCAUCUAUUACUCCAAUGCUGUGGACAUUGUGAGUCUUGAAUUUGGCUACUCAGUAGCUAAGUUUCCUGUGAUCAUCCGCCAGCCAAUCAUCCCUAAGUUAUUUGACCCUGGUCCAGAGAGGAAGCUCAGUGCCCUGGUGACCAUCACAACCAAGACUUUCCUCCGACCCCACAAGCUUCAGGCAUUGCUCUCAAGCAUCCGAAAAUAUUAUCCAGAUGUGACUGUGAUUGUGGCUGAUGACAGUGAGAAGCCAGAGAAAAUUGAGGACAGUCAUGUGGAAUAUUACAUCAUGCCCUUUGCGAAGGGCUGGUUUGCGGGAAGAAAUCUGGUAUCUCAGGUCACUACCAAGUAUGUGCUGUGGAUAGAUGAUGACUUUCUUUUCACCAAAAAGACGAAGAUUGAGCUUCUGGUAGACGUUUUAGACAAAACAGAGCUGGAUGUGGUAGGUGGGCAGUGUGGCUGGAAUUCAUUCCAGUUCAAGCUGCUGCUGCCCCAAGGGGAAGAUGGCAGCUGCAUUCACAAUCGAAUGGGAUCCUUCCAGGACUUGGAUGGUUUUCCCAAUUGUGUGAUAACAAGUGGCACUGUUAAUUUCUUCCUGGCCCACACAGAGAAGCUCCGUGGAGUUGGCUUUGAUCCCAGGUUGCAGAGAGUAGCACAUUCAGAAUUUUUCAUUGAUGGUUUGGGGAGUCUCCGAUAUGGAUCUAGUUCAGAUGUGAUAGUUCAUCACCAACCCAGAGACACGACAGGUGGCCCAGACAAAUCUCCCUUGAAGAAAUCUACAGAUGGUCCGGACCAACUCCUAAGGCCAGAGAUCCAGUUCAAGGUAGCCCUUCACUUCUUCAAGAACAUUCUACAUUGCUAUUUACCCAGGGCCUGA